CCCGCCCCCCCCGGGGGCUCGCGGCGCCCGAGUACAAAACAGAAGGGGGGCAAGGCCGCUGGGCUCGGUAGGCAGUGAGAGAGGGGCAAGGCCGCUUGGUUUGAGAGGCAGAGGCAGUGAGAGGGGCAAGGCCGCUUGGUUUGAGAGGCAGUGAGAGAGGGGCAAGGCCGCUGGGUUUGAGAGGCAGUGAGAGAGGGGCAAGGCCGCUGGGUUUGAGAGGCAGAGGCAGUGAGAGGGGCAAGGCCGCUGGGGUCGGUAGACAGAGGCAGUGAGAGGGGCAAGGCCGCUGGGUUUGAGAGGCAGAGGCAGUGAGAGGGGCAAGGCAGCUGGGGUCGGUAGACAGAGGCAGUGAGAGAGAGGCAAGGCCGCUGGGUUCGAGAGCCAGGGAGAGGGGGCCAGGGAGAGAGGGGCAAGGCUGCGGGGUUUGAGAGGCAGGGAGAGAGGGGCAAGGCCGCUGGGUUUUAUAGGCACGACGAGCUAUAGGGGGCAAUGCUGUGGUGCUGUACAGGCAGAGCCAGGGAGAGGGGGCAAGGCUCUUAGUUGCCGGGCAAGGCUCUGAGAGACGGCGAGAGACGGCGGGGACAGGAGGCAAGGCUGGGGGAUAGGGGCAAGGUCCAGGAGUAGGGGGGCCACGGGACCUGGACCCGGCUGAGCGUUGGGGCUGAGAGAAAAGGAACGCGGGGGGCACGGCUCGUGCGAGAGGGGCACGGCCACACUGUCCCAUGGGAGGCUGCGUGGGCAGCCGGCACGGGUCCUCGGGCAGCCUCAACGAGAACUCGGACGGCGCGGGAGUGGCGCUGGGCCGGAACCAGCCACUGCGCAAGGAGCGCCCCAAAUGGAAGAGCGAGUUCCCCAUGACGGCGGGGCAGCUGCGUAGCAAGCGCGACGAGUUCUGGGACACGGCGCCGGCCUUCGAGGGCCGCAAGGAGAUCUGGGACGCGCUGCGUGCCGCAGCCUCCGCCUUCGAGGGUGGGGACCACCAGCUGGCGCAAGCCAUCGUGGACGGCGCCAGCAUCUCGCUGCCGCACGGGUCGUUGACGGAGUGCUACGAUGAGCUGGGCAACCGCUACCGCCUGCCCGUCUAUUGCCUGGCGCCCCCCGUGAACCUGGUGGAAGGGGGCGGCGGGGGCAACUCGGACGGAGACUCGCAGACCUCGGACGCCCAGUCGGCGCCGCCGCCGCCGCCCCCCGGCCAGGAGCUUCCCCUGCGCCUGCGCGUGUCGAUGAUGGGGCGCGACGUGCGGCUGGUGGCGCGCACCACCGACACGGUGCUGCAAGCCAAGCGCCGGCUGCAGGCGCUGGAGGGGCCCGAGCCGUCGAGCCAGCGCUGGUUCUACUCGGGGCGCCUGCUCGCCGACCGCACGCGCCUCGUGGACGCCCGCAUUGCCAAGGACUUUGUGGUGCAGGUGGUGGUGACGCCGAGGGCCGACACGGGGAAGGACGACUGACCGGCUCGCUUGGCCACGAGAGGGCGCGACGAGAACUCUCGAUCGACCUCGGCAGUCGCCCCGAUCGCGUCACUCCAUGGGAUGGAAUGAGCGAGGAGACGGGGGGGGAGUGGAAGAAGAGGAAGAGGAGGGAGAUGGAGGAGGUGGAUUGUAGGCCACUGCUUAUUCCCUGGUUGUGCGACACGACCUCAACUUGACCUCCGUAAUACGUUACGCUGUCACAAGGAGGAGGAUGAAGGUGGAUCGCAGGCGAGACGGAUGGAAGCCGUUGGACUUGGACGUGCGACCUUCCCCUUGGGCGAAGGCCGGACCUUCAGGACCUUGCGUCUCGGACUGCAGUGUGACCCCACUCCCCCUACCCCCUUUUCACAUCUGGGGGUCCGCCUAGACAGAGUUCCCCCACCCCCUCGCACAUCCCCGCCCCCGAGUGCUAGGACAUAUUUGAAGGAGGUUGGAGCUGUGUUUGUUCACCGAUUUCCUCCUCCCGGUGUCGCCUGCGUUGGCGCCAUCUGCAGCAGCAGCAGCAGCAACUCGGCCGCUGCCGCCAUUCGCCACUAAGUGGCGGUGAUGUCACUACAGAGAUUGCGCCGGGCCUGGUGCACUUGUCAGGCUGUGCAAAAUGGCGGAAGCUUUGCUGCCUGUUGCUGGAAACGGGCGCAGUGCACGCACACACGCAGCGAACAAUAACAACACCCGCAGACACGCAGUGAACAACAACAACACCCGCAGACACGCAGCGAACAACAACAACACACCUGCACACACACAAUGAACAACAACAACACAUCCGCACACACACACGACAAACAACAACAACACCCUCACACACGCAAUGAACAACAAAACAUCCGCACACGCAAGGAACAACAACACACCCACACAACGAACAACAAAACAUCCGCACACAUGCAAUGAACAACAACACAGCCCCACACACGCAACAAAAAACAACACACCCUCACACGCGCAGCAAACAACAAAACAUCCGCACACACGCAACGAACAACAAAACAUCCGCACACACGCAAUGAACAACAACAACACACGCACAUAACAACACACCCGCGCACACACACGCUCAUACACUCCCACGAUUGACACUCGUACACACACACACUCCCGCUCGCUCGCACGCGAACACACAAACCCGCCGCACACUCGCACAGCCCUUGGUCGUUCACACGCACACACGAACUCAAAGGUGGUGAGCUCGCUAUGUGAAAGACAAAGACAAUACAGACCCUUGGAGGCAAUUGUUGUUGGCGAGCACCGAUGAACGCCGACACAUGCCAACAACAUGCGCACAGAUGUAUAAUUUCACUCGUUAAGGUCCUUGAUUUCGUUGCUGCUGCUUGUAAUUUAUGUUCGUUAAUGACAGAAAAUAACAAACCGAGUGCGUUUGUACACUU